ACACCUCGGACGUCAGCGCGUCGGGCGCGGUGCGUGACCUGCGGAGCAGCGGCCUGUAGUUUCGCUGCCGCACAAACUCAACCCUGACCCGGGCGGAACGGAGCGCUGAGGCGGCGGCGGCGGAGGAUGUCUGCGGGAUUCAAAACGGUAGAACCUUUGGAAUACUACAGGAAAUUUCUGAAAGAAAAUUGUCGACCUGAUGGCAGGGAACUCGGUGAAUUCAGAACAACGACCCUAAAUAUCGGCUCAAUUACAACUGCGGAUGGUUCAGCUCUGGUGAAACUGGGGAACACCACGGUGGUGUGUGGCAUCAAAGUGGAGUUUGCAGCACCAACAGUGGAUGCACCAAAUAAAGGCUAUAUAGUACCCAAUGUGGAUCUGCCACCGUUAUGUUCCUCGAGAUUUCGAGCGGGCCCUCCUGGAGAGCAGGCACAAGCUGCAAGUCAGUUCAUCCUCGAUGUCCUGGAAAAUGCUCAAAUUAUUCAGAAGGAGGAUCUCUGUAUUGAGAAAGGAAAGCUUGUAUGGGUUGUAUAUUGUGACCUGAUGUGUUUAGAUUAUGAUGGCAACCUACUAGACGUCUGUGUAACAGCUCUGUUGGCGGCACUGAAAAAUGUCCAGUUGCCUUCUGUGUCGAUCAGUGAAGAAACCGGUUUGGCAGAAGUUAACAUGAACCAGAAACAUCAUCUAAACAUCAGGAAGUACCCCGUUGCUACAUCUUUUGCCAUUUUUGAUGACACAAUAUGUAUUGUAGAUCCCACGGCUGAGGAAGAAACCCUGUCGUCAGGAAUAGCCACGAUAGUAAUCGAUGAAGACAACCGACUCUGCGCAGUGCAUAAACCAGGAGGAAGUGUUCUCUCAAGUGAAAAGCUCCAGGACUGCGUUGUUCGCGCGGAAACAAGACACCGGGAAGUUCAUAAGCUCCUGGCUGAAGUAAUUAAGAGCGUAACGCCCUUAAAACGAGAGAAGUUGAACCUGCAAUUGGAAGUUUGACUGUACAAUAAACCAAGUGUUUUUUUUCAAACCAAUAAAUAUAUACAUGUUUUUAAACUGAA